AUGGCACAAGAUUCAUCUAUGUCGCAAAAAGGUGCUGUCAUCCAGCACAUUGCCAAUACUCAUGACCUGAAAGAGGUGAACUGCCGAACACUGUUGAAUGAACAACAGCAAGCCGCCCUGACCAAGCUUGUACGAUAUCUCUGUGUGCCGUUUGCUGCGUUGCGGAAAACGCGCAUCAGAGAUCAGCAAGUCAUCAGUAUCGAAAAUAAUGAUGCUGAUAGCGGCGAUGCUGAUAAAAAGAAAGUAGUUGGCUGCGCGACAGCUGUGAGGAACGAUUACAACAACUUGGUGGAGAAUCUCAUUGCUUUGCUUUAUAUACAAGGCUUUGAGUCGGAUUAUUCUGGAACGAAACAUCGCGAAGGAACACCUCGAGACAAGGAAGCUGGCUUUUGUCGUGGCCGAUCUGCGACUGAGCAGCCGCUUUCGACUCUACUCAUCGAGGCGGAGACGGCUUCAAUGAGGAGAGCGCUUCGCAUCGAUGGAGCACCAGAAAAGUUCGUUCGUCUGCUUGACUACAUAAAUCAGCGAACAACUGCUGCAGUUCGAACACCAGCCGGAUGUAGAAAACCAUUUGAAGUGAUAACUGGAGUAAAACAAGGGGCAGUGGCAGGACCCUUCCUGCUCAAUUUUGCCAUCCAUGACAUAAUGCGAAGAACAGUCGAUCAGCGUUCUGGCGACACUGUCUGA